AUGGAUCCAUAUCAAAAUCAAGACUAUAGUGGUAAUCAAGGCUGGGCUGGCGGUGCUUGGAAUCCAGCUGAGCAUGGCUAUGGUCAGCAGAUUAAUAACUGGCCACAGCAGCCUCAACAACCUCAACAACCUCAACUUCCGCCGCCUCCUCCUCAAUACAACAUCCAACCUGCACCUCAAAUAUUCUGCUGCGAAAAUUGCCAAAGAGUUGCUACUCCUACUCCUGUCAACAUCCAUGCAUAUACCACUCGAUUAGCAUUUUUCAUCAAUCACAUUCUACAUCCCACCGUCGCUACAUAUGCUCAAGCACCCAACCGUGGUUUGCAUCCCGGUUUCUUCGACAUGGUACCAGUUUCUAGAGUUGUCCCUGCUACUGGAGGAUACAAUCAGGGCGGUAGUAAUCAAGGACAACAGAAUGGUGCACAUCAGGGAAACAAAUAUGGAUUUCAACUGCAAGCUCCUUCUGGACCAGCAGCUAGCGUCAUUACUCACUAUAUUGCUGCUAAUGUUACUUAUAAUAAUAAUCAUCAACUUGAACUUAACCCGCAAGGAGGCCAUCAAAGCAAUGGUGGCGUUUAUACUCAGAACAAUACUCAGCUCCAGCUCGCUCACAAUAACCGCACUCCUAAUAAUCAACCUCCUCAAGUUGUUACCGGUCCGAUAAUGUUCGCCGGCUCAUCCUACAGCAUCGCCCCAUCUAUUCCAAUCCCCCUCCCUCGAUUCAUCAGGCCAAAUUUCCAACUCAAUGUCAAAUUCCGCCUCGAACGAUUCCGUCUAGAUCCCCCUGUCUCACCUAUCCAUUAUGGAAAUCCUCACGCUUAUGGUUUUAGUCCCUGUCAAUCCGUCUCUCCUUUCAAUACUCCUUACCAAAACAACAACAACAUUAACGGUAAUUCUUCCACCAAAAAUACACGUAUCAGGGAAAACAUGGAGCUUAUUUGGUUUUACUGGCCUGUUCAACUCGAGAUUCCUCUCUGGGCUAGGGGUCAGAAUACACAGAGUUCUGCGCCGGAAAUUGUGGCACAGCUUGUUAAAGAGGGUAUGCAGAUGAUUAAUGGAGAACGCUGGGGAUUUAUUCAAGAUGUUGAAGAACGUGAAGGGUUGUGGCAUAAGCGUCGCUCUUAUAAGGUACUUGAGUGUCCUAUUCAUGGAAUGCUCUGGAAAGUUACAGUAUUCGUACGUCGUGGCUAUUAG